AUGGGCCCUGGGGCAAAGGACGAGGUUUAUUUGAACCUGGUGCUGGAUUUCGUGCCGGAGACGGUGUACCGCGUGGCCCGGCACUUCUCCAAGGCCAAGCAGACCAUCCCGGUCAUCUAUGUCAAGGUCUACAUGUACCAGCUGUUCCGCAGUCUGGCCUACAUCCACUCACAGGGUGUCUGCCACCGUGACAUCAAGCCCCAGAACCUGCUGGUUGACCCUGACACGGCUGUGCUCAAGCUCUGCGACUUCGGCAGUGCCAAGCAGUUGGUGCGGGGCGAGCCCAAUGUCUCAUACAUCUGCUCCCGCUACUACCGGGCCCCCGAGCUCAUCUUUGGUGCCACCGACUACACGUCCAACAUAGAUAUCUGGUCGGCGGGCUGCGUGCUGGCCGAGCUGCUGCUGGGACAGCCCAUUUUUCCUGGGGACAGCGGUGUAGACCAGUUGGUGGAGAUCAUCAAGGUGCUCGGGACACCCACACGGGAGCAAAUCCGGGAGAUGAACCCCAAUUACACAGAGUUCAAGUUCCCCCAGAUUAAGGCCCACCCCUGGGCCAAGGUGUUCAAGCCACGCACACCAGGUGAGGCGGUGGCACUGUGCGCCCGCCUGCUAGAGUACACACCGGCCACGCGCCUCUCGCCCCUGGCGGCCUGCGCUGAUCCCUUCUUCGAUGAGCUGCGUGAGCCGGGUGCGCGCCUGCCCAGCGGCCAUGACCUGCCCCCCCUCUUCAACUUCAGCCCUGUGGAGCUCGCCAUCCAGCCUGUGCUCAACGCUACCCUGGUACCCCCCCACGCCCGGGUGCUGGGGGGAUGUGUGGCUCCCCAAGGUGAGGGGCGCCUGAGCGGCGACAGGAACCAGCUGGGUGACGGCGCGGGACCCAUCGCCAGCACCUCCUGAGGGGCUCUGGGGCCGGCCUCCCCCCUGCCUCCCAACUGAACUGUGAAGGGGGCGAGGGUUUAGCAUCCCUUCCAAUGACCCCUUGGCCCAGCUGCUGCCUUGUGGGGGGUGAGGGGGAAGGUCUCUGUCUGCCCCCCAUUUUAAAGUCCCUUUCAGUUUUAAGCCUCUCCCCCAGGUGCCCCCGGAGCCGGUGGGGGGAAACUAUGGCCGUGCCCCCCACAACUAUGGGGGGGCCCCUCAUGCUCUGGACCCCAAUGGGAGUUUUAUGUCCCCGCCCACCCCUUUUGUAAAUACACCCCUGCCCCCUCCUUUUAUGGAUCGCUGUGUAAAUAGUUGAUUUUUUUCUUAUUGCCUCCCCCCCCACCCCCCCUGCUGCCCCCAAAUGAGCUGGAGGGGGGGUGGCCUGUGGCCCCAUUAGCCCUUUUCUUAGACUUGGCUGUGUACAGACCCCUUCAAUAAAUUAUUGGCAUGACCCGAGG